AUGAGCGGCAUGCGUGCGCACCUCGCCAGCCGUCUACGCAGUUCGUCGCUCUCCGCCGUCCCCCCACCUCGCCAGAGCUCAGAUUAUUCAGUCGACUUGGCCAGGGCCGCCGCCUCGAUCCUGUACCGCAGCCCCAUCCCCUCCAAGGAAGGCAGGCCCGUCUUCAUCCUCAACGCCGCCGCCCUCCCGGACACGCACGACACCGACUUCGACCAGCUGCUGCCCUAUGUCCUCGCCCGGCUGCCCGAGGAGGACGACCUGCUGAAGGGCUACGAGUACGAGGUGGUCUUCUUUGCCGGCGACGGCGAUGGCUCCGUCACCUCCAAGAAGCACCGCCCGGGCUGGGGCUGGUUCCUGCAGGCCUAUCACGUGCUGUCGCGCGCCAUGCGCAAGCGGCUGCAGCGGCUGUACAUUGUGCACGAGAAGGCGUGGGUGAGGAUUCUGACGGAAAUCUUCUCGACCAUAGUCAGCCCCAAGUUUCGGAGGAAGAUUUACCAUGGUAGGCCCCUACACUUGAUCUACACACCUCUAUCAUACCUACUCCACAUCUACACCACAUCUACACACCUCUAUCAUACCUACUCCACAUCUACACCACAUCUACACACCUCUAUCAUACCUACUCCACAUCUACACCACACCCACACCACAUUUACACCACACCCACACCACCGCACUGCACAGCCAAGACGGCGACUGACGUUCUCAGCCUCCAGCCUAACCAACCUCGCCCUCUACAUACCCAUCGAGAACCUCCUCAUCCCACCCUCGACCUACCUGACCGACCGCCGCAUCUCCGACGACAUCUUUGCUCCCUACGCCAGCGGUCGUCGUGCCUUUGCAGCGCGCAACCCCUUCCCCAACACCGCCAGAGGCACAACGCGCUUCCCGCGAGUCCUGCGCGAGACAACCAGCUUCAUCCUGCUCGAGGAGAACAUCACCGCCGAAGGUCUAUUCCGAAUCCCUGCACACUCCAAGCUGCGCGAGGUCCUCAAGGAGGCAUACGACCGCGGCCAGAAAUACAUCCUCUGGAAAGACAACGGUGUCACGUUGCCGAUACCGGCCUACCCUGAAGCAGAACACCAGGAUGAAAUUCUGGCCGAGGCGGACCCCAAGGACGCAUACUCGGUUUUCAUGGCGGCUGCGUUGAUCAAGGCAUGGUACUCUAGUCUGCGACAACCCAUCUUCCCUUCAGAGUCGUACCGUGACCUGAAGAGGCUGUUUGGCGACUCUCAGCAAGUCCCCGAUCUCGACCAGCUUCGUGAUCUGUUCUCGCCCAGCUCGGAAUGGUCUUUCCUACCUGCCAUCUCGCGAGAGAUUGUUGUCCGACAUCUCCUACCCUUGCUGCACGAGGUCUCGUCGCGACAAGAGCAGAAUAAGAUGACGGCUGAGAAUUUGGCCGUAUGUUUUGCACCCGCAUUGCUGUGUGGACCGGAUCAGAUCGAAGAUGCUAAGAUGUCUUCCAUCAUCAGAAGAAUCUUCACACAUGCCGUCGAUAUGUGGGGCCACGGCCUGCGAGAAGCAUGCGGCCAGGAAGCGAGCGCUUUUAGGGAGCAGUUGAAGCUGCCCACUGACAUGAGCGAGUGGGAUGACCCAGUUGAGAUGAAGAGGGAAGGCAGCAGAGACUCGAUUGAUGAGCAGAUGAGCAGCAUCACAUUGCAGGAUAAUGAGAAGGCGCCCGAGAGGUACACAGACUACCCCCAAGCUACAUCGUCAGCAACAAAACCGCCCCCUCUGCCGCCUCGAUUGCGUGUUCCAUCGACAAAAUCAUCCGGCAACUCGGUGCAGAGAAAACCCGCCCCACCUCUAGCAGUGCCUCCCAGGUACUCUACUAUCGUCUCGGACGCGCCCGACGAUGUCGCCGAAUCGCCCAUCACCUACACAGCCACAACCGACGGCUUCUCGCCCCGACGAAACGAGUUCGAGCAGGCACCACGGGCCAUGUACCCGGAUGAGAAGAAGUCUGGUACGACAAUUCAAGUUCCUAUCCUUGCUUCUUCGUCUGCUGCAACGGAUGCGAAGCCCUCUACUGCGGCUGCUCCUGCUCCUGCUCCUGCUCCUGCUUCUGCUCCUCAAAUCAUUCUUCCCAAGAGGAAAGCCCUGACCCCAGCGCAGGUUAAUAACGCGGAGAAGUCUGCCGCGAAGCAGGAUGAGGCACGCACAAUCUCAGAGUACGGCCUCGAUCGCUUCUAUCCACAGGGCGGUCAGGUGUUGCCGGGUCUCGCUGAUCUGCCUGGCAUUGACACGACAAGUGAUAAAAAGAGAUGGAUGAGUCCAACAACGUACACACAGAGCGAGACGGCAAGUCCGAGUUCGGCAUUGAGCCCCACACAAAUGGACACGAAGCCUGCGAGCGCAACGGGAGCUCGAAGAACCAGCGUUCCUUUUCCAGCGACCAACCGCGGGCCUCUGAUCACUGGUCUAGCACGACCGGUCUAUCCCGCGCCGACCACAAGCACACAUACGCACCCCGUGACAGGUCGGCCCCCGUCCAAGUCAACCAGUCUGCCCGUCCCUGCGCCCAAGCCUCGCACCGUGAGUCCUGGGCUCUUGAAGCGCAUGCCUAGCCUGGAGCAGACGAAGCGGCCCGAACCCGAGCGGCUCGCGCCCCGGAAGCUGAACCUGAAGAAGACGUCGGUGGACGACUUGAGGAAGCUGUACGAGGAGCGGGCGGGGACGGCGAACGUGCUGGUCGAAGUGAGCCGGCAGCGAAGUAUGAGCGUCAGUCCUAGCAUACGGGAGUAA